AUGGAACAACAAAAUGAAGUAUUGUCUGACAAAGUAUCGAUGGCUGAUAGUUCUACUGUUCACAAUAAAUUUAUAUUACUUGGACCGGAGCCUGAAAUUUAUCGGGUACGAAAGAUUCUACUGAUUUUAAUUAGCAUGUUACUGUUUCUUAGUUUCAUAAAUGUUAUCUUUAUUCUUUAUUCAUAUACAAGUGUUGAUUCAUUUCACAGCGAACUUCCUAAUAAUAGUUCUCAAUUUGUAUCAAUUAUUAUUUCUAUUUUUUAUUACGGUUUUGGUUUACUAGUAGCCUAUCGUUAUUAUCAAACAGGUUUACUUGUCUUCGGUUGGCUUGGUUCGGUGUCUCUUCUUUUAGUACUUGUUAUUGCCUUAGUUAUUCUUAUUGGAACUAUUGUUACAACAUCACGGCUAGGUGUUGCUAAAGGAAUAAUUGUUGCUAUUAUUUUUAUUAUCGUUUGUCUAACAGCCUCACUACUUCAAAUUUGUACUGUUCGCUAUGCUUUUAUUCUAUCGAAACUAUUGAACAAUGUGAAACAUUUUACAGUUGACCACAUUUAA